UAUGAUAAUUGUACUGGAUGAACUAUAAUCAAACAGAACCUCUAAAUCAUAAAUUAUGGUACCCUGGGUAAAUUGACACAACUUGGGGCAGUCAAAUAUCUUCUUGCUUUGAACAAGCCUUUUACUGUAUUCUGAUUAAAUAGCCUUCUAGCCAAAUUUGUCUGCAUUCAGCCAAGACGCUGGAUUGAAGGAAGGCCACAUAGAGUAGAGUAGUGUAGAGUAGAGUAGAGUAGAGUAGAGUAGAACAGAACAGAACAGAACAGAACAGAACAGAAUAGAAUUUUUUAUUGGCCACGUGUGAUUGGACACAUAAGGAAUUUGUCUUGGUGCAUAAGUUCUCAGUGUACAUAAAAGAAAAGAUACGUUCAUCAAGAAUCAUAAGGUACAACACUUAACGAUAGUCAUAGGGUACAAAUAAGGAAUCAGGAAACAAUAUCAAUAUAAAUUGUAAGGAUACAAGCAACAAAAUUACAGUCAUACAGUCAUAAGUGGAAGGAGAUGGGUGAUGGGAGCGAUGAGAAAAUUAAUAGUAGUGCAGAUUUAGUAAAUAGUUUGACAGUGUUGAGGGAAUUAUUUGUUUAGCAGAGUGAUGGCAUUCGGGGAAAAACUGUCCUUGUGUCUAGUUGUUCUGGUGUGCAGUGCUCUAUAGUGUCGUUUUGAGGGUAGGAGUUGGAACAGUUUGUGUCCAGGAUGUGAGGGGUCUGUAAAUGUUUUCACAGCCCUCUUUUUGACUCGUGCAGUAUACAGGUCCUCAAUGGAAGGCAGGUUGGUAGCCAUUGUUUCUGCAGUUCUAAUGAAAAUAAAGAAGCCUUAAUGAACUAAUUCCAGCAACCAAUAAGGUUCAGGAUCAAGCAGUCUCUGUACAAUCAAUAUGGAUGCUUCUCCCUCUUGUUUGUUGUGCGUGGGCUGCCCCACCCCGUUGAGUUUCUACCUCCCUCGUUUCUGCAACUCGGGAUUUACUAUCAUUUUGCUUUCACUGACUGCGAGAACUCUCACGUGAGUCAUAGCCCAGGGGUACAAUCCCUGUUCGGCAGCCAGGCGGUGAACUGAUCUAAUCCUAGUAUUUUCCAAGUGGGUUGAACAAACUCCUCCCUUAAAACCUGGAGAGCUGUGGCCAGCCAGUUGGCCUGAUUCAGCGUAAUCGAGCUUUCUCAGUUGACUAGUACAAUGGCUAUCGGGGAAGGGUUGCAACAGGGAUGAGGUGGUAAUAUCAGGCGCAAAGAAUCAGGACCAUGCAUUAAGCUCCAGUCGAACUGAUUUAUUGCUCAUAUGCACAAGAAUUUUGUCAACAUUCAGCACUAAAUUGGCGCUAGAUAAGAAUGAACGGAAUUCAAGGAGUUAGACCACUUGUGAGAAGGUCGUGAUUCCAGGCCGAGUCCUCACUUGAACCUGCCUCCAGCCUCUGCCUCUCCUUCUCCUCCAGGCACUCAAGAGUAAGACAAUAUCAGAAGCGAGUUACUGAAUGAUUGCAACCAGUGUGAUUUGCACGAUGAAGUAUAGCUUGAGAUGAAAGUUGCAGAAUAAUCUUGUUUUUAACUUGCUCUAGAAAAUCUGGUAAAUCGAACAGAUCAUAAUAUUUUGUGCUGGGAAAUGAUGACAUGGCCGUUUGGUCCAUUGGCUAAGCUGCUGCACUGGGAGUGGGGGAACCAAGUCCUGUUCCUUCCAUUUGGAUAUCCUUGAUCAGUUCUCUUAGCCCUAGGAAGGACUUCUAAAAUGGCUGCCAAGAGAACCAUAUGGAUAUUUCCACACAGUCCGACGGUGUCACCGAUUUAAUGGCAUCCUCUGAUAUAUAUUUUUUCAAAUCAUACUAAAUAUUUGAUUUUCUAUGUUGUACAAUGCAAACAUGUAAUAAGUAGCCGCUUCCAAAUAAUCUGGGACACAGAUGGAGCUUCAUUGUUCUGUUGUAUCUUGAUGAAAGUAUCUUUUCUUUUAUGUACACUGAGAGCAUAUGCACCAAGACAAAUUCCUUGUGUCCAAUCACACUUGGCCAAUAAAAUUCUAUUCUAUUCUAUCGUUGCAAUUACACAUUUGCUUUCCAGCUAUUCAGACUAAUUUUAAUCAUAUCUCAGGAAAAGGAUUUUGGAGAGGUUGAAAUCAGAAUGGGAAUAAAGGAACUUAGGAAAACCACAUAAUUCUCUCCCCCCUCCCCCGCUUAAUUUAGAUUUGGGACAAAUUUAGACACACAUGAGCUCUCCAAAACAACCCUUUGGAAACCAAUUAGGAAACUGAAAUGUAUUGCUAAAAUGUUAUUGCUUUCUUUAGUAGACACUGUACUAAGUAAUAUGAUCUUUAAAGUUAUUACCUAUUGUAAAGAUGUUGAAAGACAUCAGUGAUUGCAAAAUUCUCUUUUUCACACAUGUAACUAGCAUGUGUACAUAAUAUACAUGAUUACGCAGAUACAUUUCAGCUCUUACUUGGUGAAAAGGUGGAAAAGACUAAAUGUGUACUUAAUAGAUGUUCCUGCGGCCUUUUUGAUUUUGGAGAUACUGUCCAAGAGACAAGUUGUAAAUGGAAAUCUUCCCUCAAUGUGAUUAACCACAAAUGCACUAUAAAAUGGGAAGAAAAAGCUACAUUAAAUAAAUCCGACAUCAGGCUUUGAUACUCUGGAUUAGGAGACACAAUUAACAUGACCUUUGAAAUAAGGAUAGUUUACUUUGUGGUGGCUUUGAUCAUCCCUGGAAUUUUGGCAGUGGUGUGCAGCAGUUAUUGGCUUAGAUCGGUUGAGAUUCUCAAAAUGUUUACAGAUUUGCUUUUAUUUUGUGUAUGCAGAGAUGUACGUGCAAAAGAAGGAAAGUAGGAGAGUUGAGGGGGUGAAAAAAUACCUUUAAUUAUCUUAACUUUGAACCUUAAGCUUGGACCAAGAAGAUACGUUUUGUUGAGUCAAUAGUUUAUUUAUUAUUAUUUAUUUGAUUUUUAUACCGCCCUUCUCCCGAAGGACUCAGGGCGGUGUACAGGCAAAAUAAAACAAACAAUACAAAAUACAAUUAAAAUGCAAUUUAAAAAACUUAUUUAAAUUAGCCUGACAAUUUAAAAAUUUACCAUACACUAAAAAACCCCAUUUAAAAUUAAUAAAAUUUGACAUUUAAAAUUCAAUUUAAGCCAGCCCCGCGCGGAUAAAAAGGUGUGUCUUCAGUUCGCGGUGAAAAGUCCGAAGGUCAGGUAUUUGGCGUAAACCUGUGGGAAGCUCUUUCCAGAGUGUGGGAGCCCCCACAGAGAAGGCCCUUCCCCUGGGGGCCGCCAGCCGACAUUGUUUGGCGGACGGCACCCUGAGAAGUCCCUCUCUGUGAGAGCGUACGGGUCGGUGGGAGGCAUGUGGUAACAGCAGGCGGUCCCGUAGGUACCCAGGCCCUAAGCCAUGGAGCGCUUUAAAGGUCGUAACCAACACCUUAAAAGUGCACUCGAAAGGCCACAGGUAGCCAGUGCAGUCUGCGCAGGAGCGGUGUUACAUGGGAGCUACGCGUAGCUCCCUCUAUCACCCGCGCAGCUGCAUUCUGGACUAACUGAAGCCUCCGAGUGCACUUCAGGGGGAGCCCCAUGUAGAGAGCAUUACAAUAAUCCAAGCGAGAGGUAACGAGCGCAUGAGUUUGAGCUACUGCAUUUAAUGUGGACCAGUCACAGGUGUGGGAUCCUAUUGAGAUCCACCAAAAUGCCUGGAGGACAUCUUAAUGUUUAAGAAGGCGGCCCUCUGUUGCACUCUUCCCAACCUCAAGGAUUAGUUUGGAAAAAAAAAUAGAGAAAGGUUACAGGCUUCAAAGCUAAGCAUCAACAGUGGGGUCCUUGGUAUUUUUCUGAGCUUGGUUGUUUCCUUGCAGAUAUUUCAUUACCAAAGUAGCUCACAUCAUCAGUGUUAGAAGGGAGUGUACUAGAUUAUCCAAUUAGGAUCAUCUUGCUAGCGCUGAUGAUGUGACCUAAUUGGGCCAUGAAACGUCUGCAAGAAAAUCAAGCUCAGAGAGCACCAAGGAUCCGCAGUUCAACCCCGAUCUGCAAAUAUUCUAUUUUAUGGGUAUUCCCAAAGAUUUCUAAGAAUGGUCUUCAAUUGCAGACGGUCUCCUGAAGCAUUCUGAGAAGGUUAAAAAUGGCUGGAGUCCUGCCCUCGUUUUUUUUUGUAGGUAUGCACACCUGUUCAGAGGUAAAAAGCGUAAAGAUUACCUACAUAGAAUCAAGUAACCGCCCUCCUUUCUAUCAAAGUUUGGGCUUCGGUCAUUUUUGCUCUUCACCCAGAGUAGAUACUGGUAAUACAAUGAAUUAUAUAAUGUAAUAUAAAUUAAUAAAUGAACGAACACCUUCCCUUCCCCACCCUUCUAGGAAGGUUUAGAAAAAUACAUAUUCUUCCAUUUUUGUUAUUUGCCCAGAGUAUGCCCUACGGAAAAAUUGUAAUAUAAAUAAAUGAACAAAACCUCCCUUCUAUGAAGGUUUAGUACUUCUGUCAUUUUUCUUCUCUUGGUCCAGUGUCAUUCGGAAUUGGGUGGAAUAUAAAUUAAAUAAAUAGAUGGAUGAACCUCCUUUCUAUGAAAAGUCCCAUAUUUCUCUCCUUCCUUUCUUUUUCCCCCUAUUUCUAAAAUAGCCCACACUUGCCAGGCUGUGUGUAUUUAUAUCUGUAUCUCAUAUUUAUCUCCAAACUCGAUUGCAGAAAAUGUUAUUUCAGUAACAGAAGUGGUCAAUGCCUGGAAUGCAUUACCUGAUGCUGUAGUUUCUUCCCAAAACCCCCAAAACUUUAACCUUAGACUGUCUAUUGUUGACCUCACCCCAUUCCUAAGAGGUCUGUAAGGGGUGUGUAUAAGAGCACCUGCCUUCCUACCGUCCCUGUCCUAAUGUUCCUUUUUUACUUACUCUUCUCAUGUAUCCAAAUUAUACUUUUACCUGUUAUAUAUCAUCGACAAAUAAAUAAAAAAAUAUCUCCCAUCUACCUAUAUUUGUAUGUAUUUGUGUAUGUAUAUAAAUGUAACACAUACACAUUACCUUCAUAUACAUAUACAAACGUUGUAUGUAGAUGGGUGUCAUAAACCAGGCAUCCCCUCAGGUUCAAAAGAAAGAUAAACCGUCCCAAACCCCUCAUGACCACCUACGCCCACCCGUCCCCUCAAUCUACUGGGAAAGCUCGGGGCUUCCCUGCAAAGCAGGCCUCCCCAGCACCCCGAAAGGGCCCUUCGGGGUCGGCGUCCCUCCGGGGGCUCCGCCGCGCUCCCUCUUCGGGGCCCAGUCGGCGGAGGAGGAUCCGUCGCCAUCCCGGGCUGUGAGGCAAUCCAGAAGCGGGGAGGACCCCCUUUCCCCCCCGCGUGGGCGACCGUCUUUCUCCGCCGAGGCCGCCACCGCCCCGGCCUUCUCCUUCUCCCACCCACGCCUUUAUUACGCGCGGCCCGGGAGGCGGCGGUGGCGGCGGCCUCUUCGACAGGGCCCCGCCUCGCUCGCCUCUCGCUCCGCGCUGCUGCUUGGCCGGGAGGGGCGGCGAAGCAGCAGCAGCCGCCGCCGCAGCCGCUUCUCUCUCUCUCUCUCUCUCUCGCCCGCUCUUCCUCCCGCCUGGUCGGCCGGCUUCCCCGCCGUCCUUGCCAGGAGGCGGCCGGCCGGUCUCGCGCGCGCGGGGCUGUGUGUGUGUGUGUCUUCCUCCUUCGGGCUCCUCCGCUUCCCGCAGGGCGCCGCGCUCCCGAGAAGGCCGGCGGGGCUGGGCCUGCCCGGCCCGGCGGCGGCGGCGGCAGCAGCAACAGCGGCGGGCAGGAGGAGGGCGAGGAGGAGGAGCCGCCGCUGCCGCCGCCGCCCCGUUGCUCUUGGGCCGGCUCGCCGUUUGAUGGAUCCCCGGAUCGCCUGGUUCCAGCCAGAGCAGCUCGGCCCCUCGAACCGCCUGUGGAUGCAGAUUUGGGAGACCACGCAAGGGGUCCGCAACCUCUACUUCCAGCAGCAGCAGCAGCAGCAGCAGAGCCAGCCGGCCGUCGCCGUCGCCGCCGCCCCGGCCUCGUCUUCCUCCUCUUCCUCUUCUUCGUCGUCGUCCUCCUCGUGCAGCAGCAGCAGCAGCAGCUCCCCGUCGACCCCCGUGGCCGCCGCCGCCGCCGCCUCGUCCCCCCCGCCGCCGCCCGGCAUGUCCCGCGUCCCGCGUGGCGGCGACCCGCAGCCCGACUUCCUGCCGCUGGAGAGCGCCGGCCUGCCCCACCAUCACCACCACCAUCAUCACCACCAUCACCAGCAGCAGCAGCAGCCGCUUCCCCCGCGGCGGCAGGCCUCUCCGCAGCCUCCCGCCUGGGCGGCCCGGCCCGGCGUCCAAGCGACCCCCGCUGCCCCGCUGGGCGCGGCGGCCUCCUCCUCCUCUUCCUUCUCCUCGUCGUCGUCGUCUUCCUCCGCUACCGCGUCGUCUUCUACGGGGCCUUCUCCGGCCGCCGCGGCCUCGGCACCCCGUGCGGCUUCGCCCGCUGCUCCGGCGGGCUCGGCUGCUGCUGCUGCCGCCGCUGCUGGCGCGGCGGGGGCGGCGGCCGCCAGCAACAAGAGGAAACGGGACAACAAGGCCAGCACUUUCGGCUUUAACUGCACGCUGCUGCUGGCCCCCGCCGGGGAAAGCGGCGGCGGGCCGGCUUUGGGGAACGGGCCCUUGGGGAGCCCGCCGGGCGGGCCGGAGGAGCCGGCCUACACCGGCACCCCGUGGAAGAAGACGAAUUACAGCCCCGGCGUGGUGGGCCUUCACGAAGAAAUCAAUGACUUCUACAAGUACAUGUCUCCUCGACCUGAAGAAGAAACAAUGCGGAUGGAGGUGGUGAACAGGAUACAAAAUGUCAUAAAGGAACUCUGGCCCAACGCGGAUGUAAGUUUAGCAAACUCUUUUAACUCCCUUGCUGAAAGACGCUGGUGUUUCUUUUUCCAAUGGUUGGAGACCCCUGUUGUAGACUUUAGACAGAAACUCCGCCAUUCUGCAGUUUAAAAAAAAAUAAAAUAGGGAAAUCUGGUAUUAAAAUGGUUCAGUCUUUAUUGUACGUUUGCAUAGCUUUGGUCAGGUCUGGUUGACGUUUCAGCCAUUUUGCAUUUUCAUCUUGUUCACCCUGGCCAAAAAGGAUCAGGAGGAGCAAAUGUUAUCGAUAAAGAGACUUCCAGGUUUCCUUGUCCAAUUAAUCUGCAAGAUUGAUGCCUUAAACCCAUGAUGGUGAACCUACGGCACGCAUGCCAGAGGUGGCACGAAGAGCCCUCUCUGAAGGCACGUGGGCCUUUGCGGGCGCCAGAGCAUUGGAAAACGGCCAAAAAACAGGCCAUUUUCGGGACUUUUUUGGGCCAUUUUCAGACUGUUUUUGGCGCACCGGCCAGCUGGUCUUCGGGUUUCCGGCACUCCAGCACGCGCACAUGAAUGCAAGUUCUGGUUUGGGCACUCGGUGCCGAAAAGGUUUGCCAUCACUGCCUUAAACUUUGGCCACUUUGAGACUUGUGGGCUUCAGCUCCCAGAAUUCCCCAGCCAGCCAUGUCAGGCAAUACGGUCACCAGAACGUUUUUUGAGAUGAGUUGGCACCUUGUGCUAAACCAAGGGUCUCCAAACCUGAUAACUUUUAAGACUUCAACUCCCAGAAUUCCCCAGCCAGCAGUGUCAAAUAAUACGAUCAGCAAAAAGUUUUGAGAUGCGUUUGUACUUUGUGCUAAACCAGGAAUGUCCCAACUGUGGCCACUUUGAGACUUGUGGACUUCAACUCCCAGAAUUCCCCAGCCAGCCAUGUCAGACAAUAUGAUCAGCAAAACGUUUUUUGAGAUGAGUUGGCACCUUGUGCUAAACCAGGGGGUGUCCCAACCGUGGCCACUUUAAGACUUGUGGACUUUAACUCCCAGAAUUCC